AUGGAUGGAAACUGCCAUUGCUUGUAUCCAAAUCCUAGCGAAUGGAUAAAGGGAAAAGUGAUUGGAUCGGGAUCGUUUGGCAUUGUUCACUUGGCCAUGAACAAGGCCACCGGGGCACUUUUUGUUGUGAAAUCUGCAGAAUCGCAGGUAGGAAUUCAAUGUCUUGCGAACGAGGCCAACAUUCUCGAGAACUUGAAUUCUCCCCACAUUGUGCAUUACAUAGGAAGGGAAGUGUUAAAUGGCGUAAAUGGUGAAAGAAAACUUAAUCUCUUCAUGGAGUACAUGGCCGGGGAAAGUUUAGCAAACGUAGCAGAGAAAUUUGGAGGGGCAUUGGAUGAGAACGUUAUUCGUUUGUACAUUCGAGAAAUUCUCAAGGGUUUGAAUUAUCUCCAUGAGAAUGGGAUCGUGCACUCGGAUCUCAAGUGCAAGAAUGUGCUUUUGGGCUCAUCAGGAAGCAUCAAGUUGGCAGAUUUUGGAUGUGCAAAGAGACCAAGUGACUUGAGGAUUAAUGAGACUUCAACACAAUCUUGUAAAUACAUUGGUGGAACUCCCUUGUGGAUGGCUCCGGAAGUUUUGAGAAAUGAAGGCCUGGAUUUUGCUGCAGAUAUUUGGUCUUUAGGGUGCACAAUGAUUGAAAUGGCCACAGGCAAGCCUCCGUGGAGUGAGGAUCUUUCGAAUCCAAUGGCUGUGAUUUUGAGGAUUGCACGCGGGAAUGAGAUGCCACGAUUCCCGCCUCAGUUUUCAGACGAGGGACUGGAUUUCUUGUCAAAAUGCUUGGACAGGAACCCGGAAAUGAGGUGGACUGCUAAAGAAUUGCUGAACCAUCCAUUUGUGCUGGGAAAGCCAGAGGAUUGGAAUUUCAGAAAGAGUGAUGCUGCUUGCUCACCAGCAAGUAUCUUAGAUGUUGGGAUUAAUGAAGAGGAUUGUGACUCAGACGAAUCGUCCGAUGGAAGUGAGUUUAUUAACAGAACUCCAUUGUCAAUGAAAAGCUGUGGGCAUAGAGAAGGAAUGUCACAAAGGAAGAGGACAAAGGCCAAUUUCCACUCCCCACUCUCUUCUCUCCCACCUCACCCUUCCCUCAAACAAACCAAGCAAGCCCAUGCCCAAAUCAUCGCCGGCGGCCUCGCUGGACAUAUCCACCUCAUGGGUCACCUCCUUGCUGCCUUGGCUCAGUCCCCAUCAACCCCAAUUGACUAUUCUCUCUCUAUCUUCCAAACCAUCGAAGCGCCAAGUGUUUUCGACCUCAAUAACAUGAUCCGGUGCUUCGCAAAGGGCGAAUCACCGCUCAAAUCCAUCAUUCUCUACGCCUCUAUGCGCCGAAGCAGUGUCAGUCCUAAUAAUUAUACUUUUCCUUUUGUACUACAAGCUUGCAGCAAGGCUUUGGCUUUGGCUGAAGGCACUCAAGUGCAUACUCAUGUUGUAAAACUUGGUUUUGGCGAUGAUAUUUAUAUUAGAAAUUCUUUGAUACACUUAUAUAACGCUUGUUGUAGAGUUGAAUGUUCAAAAAGGGUGUUUGAUGAGAGUCCUCAUUGCCGAGAUGUGGUGACUUGGAAUGCGAUGUUGGUGGGAUUUGCCAGGGAUGGGCAGAUGGGUAUUGCGGAGAAGUUGUUUGGAGAAAUUCCCGAAAGAGAUAUUGUAUCUUGGAGUACGAUGAUAACGGGUUACGUGCAAAAUGGGCAGUUAGAAGCAGGUUUGGAGUGCUUUAAGGAAACGAGAGAGAAUGGGUUGAUACCUAAUGAGGCUGCAUUGGUGAUGGUGCUUUCGGCAUCAGCCCAAUUGGGUUUGCUUGAACAUGGGCGAUUAGUUCAUUCCAUUAUAGAUUCUUUGAAUAUUCCAAUGACGGUGCCUAUUGGCACAAGUCUUGUAGACAUGUAUGCCAAAUGUGGGUGGAUUGAGCAAGCUAGGGUCUUGUUUAAUAAUAUGCCCUUAAAAGAUGUUUCAACGUGGAAUGUGAUGAUUUGUGGUUUGGCAGCCCAUGGACUUGGGAAGGAAGCUCUUGCAGUUUUCGAAAUGUUCAUAAUUGAAGGAUUUCGGCCAGUUAAUGUGACCUUCAUUGGGGUCUUGAAUGCUUGUAGUCGAGCAGGUUUAGUCAGUGAGGGUCGUAACUAUUUUAAGUUGAUGAUCGAAAGAUAUGGCAUUGAGCCGGAGAUGGAGCAUUAUGGAUGCAUGGUUGAUCUCUUGGGUCGUGCUGGCUUUGUUGGUGAGGCUACUGAAUUGAUUGAAAAAAUGCGAGUUCCACCAGAUCCAGUUCUAUGGGUAACUCUACUUGGUGCUUGUAAGGUUCAUGGGUUAGUAGCAUUGGGUGAAGAGAUUGGUUGUGAACUACUACAAUUGGAUCCAAAUCAUGAUGGAAAUUAUGUACAGUUAGCUAGUAUUUACGCAAAAUCAAUGAAAUGGGAAGAUGUAAUUAAAGUUAGAAGAUUAAUGGUUGGUCGGAAAGCUAAUAAAGUUCCAGGCUGGAGCCUGAUUGAAACGCAGGGAAGAGUUGAUCAUUUUGUUGCUGGGGACCGAGAGCAUGAGAGAUCUCCAGAGGUUUACAAGAUGCUUGAAACUAUUGGAAGACGAAUUGCAGAGGUUGGCUACUUGCCAAACGUUUCACCAGUUUUACAUGAUAUAGGGGAGGAAGAAAAAGAGAACGCAAUUAAGGAGCACAGUGAGAGGCUAGCAAUUUCUUUUGGUUUGUUGGUAAUGGGGCCUGGGGAGUGCAUUCGAAUUGUGAAGAAUUUGAGGGUAUGUGAGGAUUGCCAUGAGUUUUGCAAGAUUGUUUCAAAAGUGUUUGAGAGGCACAUUGUAGUUAGGGAUGGAAGCAGAUUUCAUCAUUUUAAGGAGGGCGGUUGUUCCUGCCUUGAUUAUUGGUAGAAAAAGCAACAAUAACAUUUUCUUUCUGGAGUUUGAUUUCUUUUUCUGAAGGAAAUAAUCUGAUUACGGACUGAAUAUCCACCAUGUUAGAUUCAGGUACACAAUGUCCAUAACCAAAUGAUGAUCUUUGAAUUAACAACCUUUUCUCAAUUUGGUUUUUGAAGAACUGUCCUUUCUUUGUUGCG